UUAGUUUUUAUUCCCUGUCGGACCACAACGCGUCGCGUCGCUAGUCGCUUGGCCAGAAACUUUCCCAUACAAAUUAUUGCCCAGGAGUCGAGGAGAGGAAUUUGUGCGCGAAAUUAUUGGCGUUUUGAGAACUGACAAUAUUAGCACACACCGAGGAGCAGAAGGAGGAGGAGGAGAGCAGCUGUGAAAAUGUUUCGACACAUAAUCAACUUUACAAACAAAUAUAAAGUCCUCAGGGGCAUGAUUUCUUAUGGGACCCUCUGGCCCUGCGGCUGUCUUAUCGAGCAGACGCUGAUCGAGAAAAAGACAUUCCGAACGUACGACUGGAUGAAGUGUCUCAGGUUCAGUUUAUUCGGCUUCUUCUUUAUGGGCCCCACAAUAUAUGUUUGGAUCCGAUUGGCCGGCGUUAUGUGGCCCCGGACGGACAUUAAGUCAUCGCUGUGCAAGGCGAUCACCGAGCAGACCGCCUACGAUCCGAUGGCCAUCAGCUCGUUCCUCUUCUUCAUGACGCUGAUGGAGGGCAACUCGUACGCCCAGGCCAGGCAGGAGGUUAGCGAUAAAUUCCUGGACGCCUAUAAGGUGGGCGUUAUUUAUUGGCCCUGCGUGCAGACGGUGAACUUUGCCUUUGUCCCGGCCCGGAACCAGGUCGUGUUCACCUCGUUCUUCAGCAUGUGCUGGACCACGUUCCUGGCCUACGUCAAGUUCCUGCAGCUGCAUCCCACCGUGGACGUUGACCACCAUGCCAUGGACAUACACUUCCUGGAGAUGUGAGCAGUCAGCCGCAGCAGAAACACAAAAACACAAACUCUCCCAGCUAUUCCCAGCGAUAAUGUGAUCAGACACGCCCACCAAUAACACGCCCCCAUCCCCACCCCCUAGUAUAAGUUAAUGACAUGUCAUUUCUCUUCUCUUUUUUUUGUUUUUCUUCUUUUACAUUUAUUUUGUUGUGGGCCACACAAAAAGAAGUAUAAAUAUAUGUAUAAAACAUC